AAUUGCAAGAAAUGGAGCCAAUCAAUUUACUAGUAGCUGUCUUCUUCCUAUAAAACUAGAGAAACAUGAUCCCCUCCUAAGCCACUUUAACUCCACCAAACAAUUAAGCACACAAACUUGUAUCUCUUUUCCUCCUUCUUCUCAAUCAUGGCAGCCGAUGCAGUUGUUUCAGCUGUGCUAGAAAAAUUGACUUCAGUUGCUCUAGAUGAAAUAGAGAAAGCGGUGAGACAAGUUAUCAAUGUUCGUGGAGAAGUGAACAAACUCAGUAGCAAUUUUCGAGCCAUCAAAGCUGUUUUGGAGGAUGCCGAGCGGCAGCAACUGGACAAGGGGAAGGCUGGUGUUCGAGAUUGGUUGGACAAGCUCAAGGACGUCUCUUAUGACAUUGAUAAUGCAUUGGAUGAGUGGAGCACUGCAAUUCACAAGUCAGAACUUGAACCGAAGCCGAAGGUAUGUUCCUUCGUCCCCUCUCCUUCCUAUUGCUUUAAUAGAGGGAAACUGCUUCUCAAAACUGCACACAAGAUACAAGAUUUGAAUAAGAGGUUGGAUGUUAUUGCAAUUGAGAAAGAAAGGUAUGGGUUUAAGGUAUUAAAUAGUGAAAAACCAAAACGUGAUGAAACCACUUCUUUCAUAAAUGUAGCAGAGGUGAUGGGUAGGGUUGAGGAUAAGGAGAGGAUAGUAAAUAUGUUGCUAAAUGAGGGUAGAAUUGAAGAAAUAGGAUCAAAACUUCAGAUGAUCUCCUUGGUAGGCAUUGGGGGGAUUGGGAAGACAACCCUUGCUAAACUAGCCUUUAAUAAUGAGAAAGUAAAGUCUCAUUUUGAAGCAAAAAUAUGGGUGUGUGUUUCUGAUACUUUCAGUGAGAUGAAAAUUGCCAAAGAUAUUCUUAAAUUUGUGAUUUGUAAUGCUGAUAAGGAUGUCAUUGAGAAAUUGCAUAAAUUGAAUUCUCCUUUUGAAGAAAUGGAUAAAUUGAGGGAUGCUAUUGUAGAAAUGGAGAAGUUGAGGGAUACUAUUGAAAGGUUAGACAAAUUGCAGGAUGUAUUGCCAUACCUUAAAACCUCAAUCGAGGGUAAGAAAUUCCUACUUGUCCUAGAUGAUGUGUGGACUGAAGAGUACGGAAAUUGGGAUCAACUGAGACACUUGUUGUUGAGUACUGGUUCCCAAGGAAGCAAGAUCUUAGUGACCACGCGUAAGGAGGGAGUAGCAAGAGUCAUGGGUUGUGAAUUGUUCAAAGUAGGAGAGUUAUCUGAAGAAGAAGGUUGGUCAUUUUUUAGUCAAAUAGCAUUUUUUGGGAGGUCUAAUGACGAUUGUAGAAAUUUGGAAGAAAUUGGUAGGAAAAUUGCAAACAAGUGCAAAGGCUUGCCACUGGCUUUGAAGACAUUAGGUGGCCUUAUGCGCUUGAAACAAAACAUAAUAGGAUGGCAAAGUGUGUUAGAAAGUGAAGUGUGGAAACUUAAAGAGGCUGAGGAAGGUCUUUUCCAUCCCUUAAUGUUUAGCUAUUUUGAUUUACCACCACACUUGAGGCAGUGUUUCUCAUAUUGUGCAAUCUUUCCAAAAGACUAUGUGAUAGAGAAAAAAAUGUUAAUCGAGUUAUGGAUGGCACAAGGUUUCCUUAGAGGGACUCAAGAUAUGGAGAUGGUAGGGGAAAACAACUUCAAUGACCUGUCAAUGCGCUUCUUAUUUCAAGAUUUUGAAAUGGAUGAAAAUGGUGGCAUUAUCAAGUGCAAAAUGCAUGACAUGGUGCAUGAUUUUGCUGUAUUUCUGACUAGAGGUGAGUGUUUGACAAUGGGAAGUAGUAGUAGUAUUCAAUGUUCCAAUGGCAGAACUCGUCAUUUUUUUUUUAUGAUGCAAACAGAAGAGACUACUGCAAUUCAGACUUGCACUAAAAACUUGCACACUUUGCUUAUUGAGUCAAAUGGAAGAAAUCCUAUUUCUCAUAUUGAAUUAUUGAAAUUGUUUGAUAGACUUAAAUGUCUCAGGGUAUUGAAAUGUUCAGAUUCUAGAAUUAAAAAGUGUCCAAAACAAAUAGGCAAAUUGAUACAUUUAAGGCAUCUUGACUUGUCAGAAAAUAGGGAGUUAAAGGAAUUGCCUAAGGCAGUAUGUGACUUGUAUAAUUUGCUUAUACUAGACAUUAGUGGAUGUUACAAACUUAAAAUACUUCCUCAUAGAAUGGGAAAUCUUAUCAACUUGUUGCAUCUUCGGAAUGAGAGGAUAGCUCUAAAUUUCAUGCCUAAAGGUCUGAAGAAAUUGACUAGUUUGAAAACAUUGAAUGUGUUUGUGGUGACUUAUAAAGGAGUUGCACUUAGUGAUUUGGGGAACUUGAAUCAUCUUUGUGGGACUCUUAGCAUAGGAGGAUUGGGAAGUGUUAGAGAUCAGAGGGAAGCAGAAAAGGCACAACUACAGAAUAAGAAGGGGAUUACUAAUUUGACUCUAAAAUUUGAUCUCAAUGGUUUGCCGGUGAGCCAAGCUAAUGAAUCACCAAGUAUUGUUUUUGAAGCCUUAAAGCUACCUUCAGAUUUGGAAACAUUAGAAUUACAUGGUUAUCAAAGCACAUUCUCUUUUAUUCAGCCCAGUUGGAUGGUGUCCUUAACCAAGCUGAAGGAACUUGUAAUUUUGAAGUUUGUAAAUGUUGAACAGUGGCCUCCCUUGGGGAAAUUGCCUUCUCUAGAAUCACUCGUGGUGAAUGGUAUGCAGAAAGUAAAAAAGGUGGGAGUUGAAUUUUUGGGGAUAGAAAUGUCUUUGUCUACAUCUUCAUCAUCCGUUGUUGCCUUCCCCAAUUUGAAGACACUGCAGUUUUAUUAUAUGAAUGAGUGGGAAGAGUGGGAAGAGUGGGAUUCUGGAAGCAGAGGAGAAAUCAUGCCACAUCUUUUUUCCUUGACAAUUCAUUAUUGUCCAAAGCUAAUGAAGUUGCCGGAUUAUAUUCUCCAAAAUACUACCCUGCAGAAAUUGAUAAUUAGUUAUUCAUCAGAUGCAGUCGUUUCAAAUCUAUUCAAAAAGGACUGCAAGCCCCAUAUCUCUCGCAUUUCUAACAUGGAUGUGGAAGGGGAAAAAGAAAUAGUGGGCCACACAAAUCCAAUUGUGUGGCCUAGCCCAAAUUGGAUAACUCCAUUAACCAACCUGAAGAACAUAGAGAUCAACCGCUGCAACGUGGAACAUUUACCUCCUUUGGGGAAAUUGCCUUCUCUAGAAUCACUCACGAUGAGUGGUAUGUGGGAAGUAAAAAAGGUGGGAGUUGAAUUUUUGGGGAUAGAAAUGUCUUUGUCUCCAUCUUCAUCAUCCGUUGUUGCCUUCCCCAAUUUGAAGACACUGCAAUUUAGUCUUAUGCAUGAGUGGGAAGAGUGGGAAGAGUGGGAUUAUGGAAGCAGAGGAGAAAUCAUGCCACGUCUUUCUUCUUUUAUAAUUUGUUAUUGUUCGAAGUUAAAGAAGUUGCCGGAUUAUAUUCUCCGAAAUACUACCCUGCAGGAAUUGAAUAUUUUUUAUUCAUCAGAUACAUUGAUUUCAAAUCUAUUAAAAGAGGAUUGCAGGCCCCAUAUAUCUUGCAUUUCUAACGUGGAUGUGGAAGGGGAAAAAGAAAUAGUGGGCUACACAAAUCCAAUUGUGUGGGCUGGCCCAAGUUGGAUAACUCCAUUAACCAACCUGAAGAACAUAGUGAUCCAGGGCGGCAACAUGGAACAUUUGCUUCCUUUGGGAAAAUUGUCAUCUCUAGAAUCACUCAAAGUAAGUUCUAAUGGCGUAGUGAAAAAGGUGGGAGUUGAAUUUUUGGGGAUAGAAACGUCUUUGUCUCCAUCUUCAUCAUCCGUUUUUUCCUUCCCCAAUUUGAAGUCACUGGCAUUUCAGGCGAUGGGAGAGUGGGAAGAGUGGGAUUAUGAAAGCAGAGGAGAAGAGGAUAUCACAAUCAUGCCACGACUUUCUUCCUUGACAAUUAGAUUUUGUCGGAAGUUAAAGAUGUUGCCGGAUUAUAUUCUUCAGAGUACUACCCUGCAGGAAUUGACAAUUUUCAACUGUUCAAUUAUUUCAAAACGCUGCAAAGAAGACUACCAGCCCUUUAUCGACCGCAUUCCUCACUCCGAAGUGCAAGACUAGGACUAGGGAGUCAGACUCGGACUUUGAGUAACUCGCAAAAAAGAAAGGUACUGUCUAAUUUUGCUUUGCUCAGUGUCCUUACCCUAUUUGAUUUUGUUUGUUGGUAAGCAACGGGGCGAAAACCCAUUAAUUACCCAUACACAUUCAAAUAAUAAUAUUAAACCAAGCAAAUUACUAGUAAAUAUAGAAGUUGAUAUUUUUGCAUUCUUUUUCUUUCUUUAAAAAAAUUUGCCAUUUUAU